UCCCGGGAGGUGCUGCCACUGGUGAGCACGGAAUUAUUUGAGAUCAGGUGGAGUUUGGAGGUUAGAUUUUUUCGGUGUAACGUGGUUGUGUGAUCCUGCAAUUGUUUUUACUGGAUAUUUAAAAUAUUUAGCAAAAUAUGGGAAAAAACAAGAAAACUAGGAAGGUGGUGAUGCAGAGGUUUGCACAGAUGAAGAAGAUGAUCAGUCCCAAUGAUCCCAGAAUAAAAGCAGAAAAAAGAGCAGCUUCAAAGAAAAAGAAACCCGAAAACCCAUCGGAAAUGAAAGUCAGAGAAGUACCCCAACAAUCGUCAGCCCUAUUCUUCCAAUACAACACGCAAUUAGGGCCCCCUUAUCACAUUCUGAUCGACACCAACUUCAUAAAUUUCUCGAUAAAAAAUAAACUCGACAUAAUUCAGAAUAUGAUGGAGUGCCUCUACGCAAAAUGCAUUCCCUAUAUAACGGAUUGUGUGAUGGGAGAGCUGGAGAAGCUGGGACAGAAAUACAAGAUUGCAUUGAGGAUCAUUAAGGACCCAAGGUUCGAAAGGCUCCACUGCAUACAUAAGGGAACAUACGCCGAUGAUUGUUUGGUGAAUAGAGUGACACAACACAAGUGCUACAUUGUAGCGACUAAUGACAAGGAAUUGAAGAGUAGAAUUAGGAAAAUACCUGGUGUGCCUAUUAUGUAUGUGUCACAGCACCGGUAUACUAUCGAAAGAAUGCCUGACGCCUAUGGAGCCCCUAAGUAAUUAUUUUAAGAUAAAUUAGUUUGUUACUAUGAAAUACAGAUACUGAAUUCUUGCGAUAAAAU